AUACCGCUGCGGUGUGUGUGUGUCACUAUACUGUCAGCGCCCAGCUCAGAGGGUCCGGCACCUGACAAUAUAAAUAUAUAUAUGUAUAUAUAUAUAUUUAUAUGUACACAUAUAUAUAUAGGAUACAUAAACAUUUCCUUCUUUUUUUUUUAAAGCGUUGUCCUCGUUGUACAUACUCUACCGUUGCCUUGACAGAACAUCUUACCAGCUUACUUGCCUUUUUUUGAUUGUGUCCAUACAAUGAUCAAGAACGGACACCACCUAGUGAACACACCAGCAGCCGAAGCAGCAGCAGCCGCCGGGAAAGACGCAGGGAAAGACGGGGCAGGCACCGAUACCCCAAACGCUACCCUUUGCAGUCCGGAGAAGAGAAGGCGUAGCAUCCGGGUGUGGUGCGAUGGAUGCUACGAUAUGGUGCAUUACGGCCACUCCAACCAACUCCGUCAGGCCAAGGCCAUGGGAGAUCACCUCAUCGUUGGAGUUCACACAGACGCGGAGAUAGCGAAGCACAAGGGCCCCCCGGUGUUCACGCAGGACGAGCGCUACAAGAUGGUGCGCGCCAUCAAGUGGGUGGACGAGGUGGUGGAGGGGGCGCCCUACGUCACCACCCUGGACACCCUGGACCAGCACACCUGCGACUUCUGCGUGCACGGAGAUGAUAUAACGCUGACAGUGGACGGGAAGGACACGUAUGAGGAGGUGAAGAAGUCGGGGAGAUACAGGGAGUGCAAGAGGACUCAGGGAGUCUCGACCACAGAUCUGGUUGGCAGGAUGCUGCUCAUGACCAAAGCCCAUCACAGGAACAUAGACAGCUCCAACUACCAGCAGCACACAGAUAACUUUGGAAAGAAGGGCCACAGUCCGUGGACAGGCGUGUCCCAGUUCCUGCAGACGUCCCAGAAGAUCAUCCAGUUCGCCUCGGGCCAGGAGCCUCAGAACGGAGACACCAUCAUCUACGUGGCGGGGGCCUUUGACCUUUUCCACAUCGGGCACGUGGACUUCCUGGAGGCCGUGCACGGGCUGGCGGAGCGGCCCUACAUCAUCGUGGGGCUGCACUUUGACCAGGAGGUAAACCGCUACAAAGGGAAGAACUACCCCAUCAUGAAUAUCCACGAGAGAACGCUAAGCGUGCUGGCCUGUCGGUACGUUUCAGAAGUGGUGAUCGGAGCCCCGUUUGAGGUCACGAAAGAUCUGCUAGAUCAUUUCAAGGUGGACCUCGUCUGUCACGGCAAAACAAACAUCUACCCCUGCACAGAUGGGAUGGACCCUUACGCCGAGCCCAGGAGGAAAGGCAUCUGGAGGACGGUCGACAGCGGGAGCAGCCUCACCACGGACGCAAUAGUGCAGAGGAUAAUCAAAAACAGGUUGCUAUUUGAAGCUAGGAACCAGAAGAAGGAGGCCAAAGAGAUCGCCAUGAUCCAGGCACUGAAGAGACGUGAGGAGGAGAAGACUAAAGAAAGACCUCUGGCAGUGUUGUAGGACCCCUUAAAACAGACACACACACACACAGACACACACACACACACACACACACACACACACACACACACACACACACACACACACACACACACACACACACACACACACACACACACACACACACACUAUAUGCAUAUAUACAUAUAUAUAUAAAACACAUAUUUAUAUAUAUAUGGUAUGAAUAUAUAUACCAUGUGUGUGUUUGUGUGUAGAGAGAACCUGGCAAAUCCAUUGCAUGUUAAUUGCAUACUUUUAAAACUCCUUUGGAGAAAAAGAGGUGUGUCUUAAUUCAACAGCCCCGCCCCACCCCCGCCCCCCCAAGAAAAAACGUAAACGCAAAAAAAAAAAAUAUUCAACAUAGAUUCAUCCCCCCCCUCAACAAACACAUUCCUGUUAGGGUGGGGUACUACUGUAUGUCUUAAUACCUGCUACUACAUAUGCAAUUACAUGUCAUUCAAGUCUGUCAUUUAACCUAUCAACCCAUUCAUGUAUUAUGUAACAAUGUACUUAUUUCAUUUAACAAGUCAGGCCUAAUCAUAGAAUGAAUCUGUCUAAAAGAGUCUAUAUUUUACAUAUUGUUUUUAGUUGUGUUUUUUCAUCAAGUUUUGCCUUUCAAACAUUAUGAUUCAGUCAACGGGCAUUUUGUAUGUGCAGAAAGGGGUCAAAGGUCGGAAUCGUUUAUUAUGGACUAAUGAAAAGACAACUCUGUGUGUUUUAAGGGUCCGUUGCUGCUCGACUGACUGGCCUGUAGAUGAGCACUGCAUCAAACUACUCUGACGUAAAGGCUCCAACUGUGUGUUCACAACAAAACCGAAGUGAAUGUUUGGCAUGGCGCGUGUACAAACAAAGUCAAUGCAAAGACGCGAAUAGAUGCAAAAUUCCUGCCCGAUGGCUCAAAUGUUGCACUGCGAACGACGCUAAUUCGCCUCAUUCGCAUGUUUGCUUAAGUUUAAAUAUUUGAACUUUGUUGUGAAUUUCGCUUGAUGCUGAAUCAAUCAUGCGAGAGAAGUAGCCCUAUACGGUUUAACGCGAGUAGGAUUUUUAAUUAUUCACUUUGGUUUUGACGUGAACGCAUCUUAAAGGGUAUCUAAAAACACGAAAUGAAGGGGGUUCCAAAAGUCUACUACAAUUAUAUAAAAUCCUUGUUUGAUGUUGGUCUUCGUUAUGGGCAGAAUAGUUUUGAGUGACAGCCUCGUCGGGCAAGUGUAGAACCUAUUUGAUGGGCCACUUCAUGGGACCUCAUGUACAUAGCUCCAGAAUGCACUGACUGUAAACUGCUCAGAACUGGACUUUUCUAUUUUCUACAUAGAGCAGUUUUGUUUUUAACUACGCAAACGCACACGAGAUGUGCACGACCGGCCUUUUGAGUGCAAUUCAUUCUUUAUUUUUAUUUGAAAAGAAAAACACUUACUUGUACUGUGAUUACACUAGUAUUUAUCACUUACGUUUUAACAGAAUGCUUUUAACAUAAUAUGUCUAGUAUAGUAUGUUACAAAUGAUUGUGUUGUUGACUUAACACAUCAUCUAGACUUGUCAUUUUCAAGUUCGGAAGAAGUUAAUUAAGUCAAAAAGGAUGAAAUAUUAUAUUUUUUAAAAGGUGUAUAUUUUGCUGACUACCUUUUCUUUAACUUUGGUUGAAUUGUUUUGAUUGUUUCAAAGUGUAACUAUGUACUGUAUUUCAAGUUGGAAUGUACUCAUUGUAGGCUAUACUAUGUAUGUUAUGGAGAAAUGCUCAAUGACAAAUACUGUACACAAUGUUGAAGAUGACCUACAGUAUAUUACAACAAUAAUAACACACACUUAAUCUAAA